AUGAAGCUGAUCCUUCUCUGGGUUCUCUUGAGCCCACCUGUUGCUUUGUCUUUUGACCUAGAUGAAACAAAUGGCAUCCUUACACCCUACUUGGUCUACUUGAAAUCUAGUUAUUCGCCAUGCACUGGAGUCCUGAUUCACCAACUUUGGGUGCUCACAGCUGCACAUUGCAACUUACCGAAUCUUAUAGCAGUGUUGGGAGUCACAAAUCCAUCAAACCAAAGGGAAGAAAAUACACAAGAGGUUUCUUACGUGAAGAUGAUUAAACAUCCAAAGUACUCAGUCAAUUCUAUAGAUUAUGACCUCAUGUUAAUCAAGCUGAACUCAAUUAUUCAACUCAAUGAGCAUGUGAAGCUAAUUGCACUGCCCCAGAAACCUGUGUCCCCAAAUGACACAUGUACUGCCUCCACCUGGGCCUACUACUCAUGUUAUGUUGGCAAGGACCCCAACUCACUACAGCAUGUAAGUAUGUCUGUACUCUCCAAAAGCGAAUGCCAAAGUGGCUAUAAGAACAUUAACAUCAACGAAAACAUGUUCUGUGUGGGCAUUGUGCCAGGAAGAAGGGAACCCUGUAAGGAAGUCACAGCUGCCCCAGUCGUCUGUGAUGGUGUUCUUCAAGGAAUUCUGUCUUUUGCUGAUGGGUGUGUUUUGAGAUCUGAUGUUGGCAUCUACACCAAAAUCCUUAGCUACGUAGACUGGAUUACUAAUGUCAUACAAACAAACUGA